CCGCCGCCGCCAGCCCGAGCCCCCCCGCCGCCGCCGCCCUGCUCCCCCCCGCCGGCACCAUUCCCUCCCCCGGGCGCCAGCGCGCCCCGGCCGGGCGGCGGCUCAGCCUGGGCCGGAAAACUUUGCUGGCGGCCGCGGCGGGGGUGGUGAUGGUUCUGGUGCUGGUGGUGCUCAUCCCGGUGCUGGUGAGCUCCGCCGGUACCGACGGCCGGUACGAGAUGCUGGGCACCUGCCGGAUGGUCUGCGAGCCCUACGGCCCCGCCGCCCCCCCGCAACCGGCCGAACGCGGCCCCCUCCCGCCGCCCUCCACCCUGGUGCAAGGUCCUCAAGGCAAACCGGGAAGACCGGGGAAACCGGGACCACCGGGGCCUCCCGGAGAACCGGGACCGCCGGGGCCGGUGGGGGCGCGGGGUGAAGCAGGAAGACCGGGACCCCCGGGAUUACCGGGACCGGGGGCUACGGGCGCGGUGAGCGCGGCCACCUACAGCACGGUGCCGCGGGUCGCCUUCUACGCCGGCCUCAAGAACCCCCACGAGGGCUACGAGGUCCUCAAGUUCGACGACGUGGUCACCAACCUGGGCAACAGCUACGACGCCGCCUCGGGCAAGUUCACCUGCGCCAUCCCCGGCACCUACUUCUUCACCUACCACGUCCUCAUGCGCGGCGGCGACGGCACCAGCAUGUGGGCCGACCUCUGCAAGAACGGGCAGGUCCGGGCCAGCGCCAUCGCGCAGGACGCCGACCAGAACUACGACUACGCCAGCAACAGCGUCAUCCUGCACCUGGACGCGGGGGACGAGGUCUUCAUCAAGCUGGACGGGGGCAAAGCCCACGGCGGCAACAACAACAAGUACAGCACCUUCUCCGGCUUCAUCAUCUACUCGGACUGAGCCCGGAGCCGCGGCAGCGCCCCCGGCACCCUCCGCAUCCGCCCAGUCCCACGGCACCGCCCCGGCAUCCCCGCAGUGACCCCCCAGCCCCACGGCAACCCUGGGCCGAGGUUCUGUUCCCUGCUGCCCCCCCAGCUCCCCUCGGUCCUGCCCAGCCCCGCGGCACCCCCUGCCGCGGUCCGGCCCACCGAUCCCCCCCUCCCCGCGCUCCCGGCUGCCUUCGGUGCCCCGACCCCCCCUUUUCCCGUCAGCUCACACGAAGGCUGCCAAUCGAGGGCUUGGCGCUGCAGAGGGUUGGGGGUGGCAAGAGGCUGGGGGUGCCCCCCGCGCUGCCCCACGGCACCCCCAUCCCCGGCUGUCCCCCCCCUUGUCCCGCCCCUGCUCUGUGCCCGCCCUGGGGCAAUGCCGGGGGUGUCGGGAGGCUCCGGCUGUACAGACGCGCGGUGUCCGCACGGCCCCGGGCCGGGGGGCUGUGCUGGGGCGGGGGGAGCCGCCGUCCUGCCCCCCCCGCCGGGGUAACAACAUGGUAAAGCAGAGCUGUGAUCUCU